UUGCCCCCCGCUGGGGCGGCAUUGAUUUGACUGCCUCUGGCUGGCACUGAGCCCUGAAAUGCCACUGGCUAGGGAUACCCAUUUUCUCUCAGCCCCCUAUUUUUUGCCAUUGCAGUUGGAACCUCUGGCAUUACUGAUCUGUGGGGUACAGGGUUACAAAUAAUGUACUGUUGAGGAGUGUAUUUCCUUGUAUGCAGAGAAUUUCCUAUUUACCUACCAGACCCCAGUGACAGUCAUCUACAAUGUGACACAAUUUGGAAAAUUCUCAGACUUGUGUAGGCGCAUUGGUGCACACACAUAAAUAGGACCAAAAAAUGGUUGCAGUUGCAAUUAUAAUUGCGUCUGUUUUUUUUUUUUUUUGUUUAACAAAGUUCAACUGAGUGUCCCCUUACCUGCGUAUAGUCUGUUACUGCAGUGACACCUUCAGAUGCUGAUCAGUUUUACCUGCCACUCAACCUUCAGCUUUGCAAGUCACUUCUUUAUUUUAGCUCAUUUUUUUCUGAGACGUGGGUUUUAAGAGUUCUUAGUUCUUGUAAAUAACUGAUCUCGGAUGUUGCCUUUUAAGUCCAUCCCCCAUGUGUCUUAGCUAGUGGUUUCCUGUUAAUAACAUGUUUGUGCACAUCCUGCUCCAUCUUCCCUUUAGAAAUGACAUGCUGUUGAAGCAACUGGUUGAGCAAAGUCGAUAAAAAAAUCCAGAGGACAAGAAGCUCCAGUCGGAGACAGAGGCUUUGGGUGCAUAUGCUUUAUAAGCUCCAACAUAGGACAUGCUUAGGUGUACAGCAUAUUCUGAGGUGCAGGUCUGCUCUGCCUAUUGAUCAGCCUGCAGUUGGAGUCCUGGAGUUACCACCAGCGUGAAUGGAGAUUGUUGGGGUUCUCUGAGGAGCUUCCUUGCUGACUUUCGAACUGAGUGAACUCUUGGACCUUUAUCUAAAGUGCUGCACACUUCUUGGACAUACACCAAUACUGUUCACAUGGUAUACACAAUAUAAAAACACUGCAACUCAAGACCUGACUCCAAAGAUGAAUAAUCCUUCCCAGAACAGAUGGUCUGGUAUCAGAUCUAAGGAACUCAGGGAGCAUGCCAUGUCCAUGCAAGAGAAACGUCUGUUAAGGGAGAAGAGGAGUACAAGAAAUGACAGUACAACGCCAUGGGCACAACAGCACUCUCAUGUUAAGGCCACCUGGGAAAAAGUGCAAGAAGUUCUGUCAUUAUGCUUACUGUGGGAAAGAACCUUAGUUCGGAUCAGUGGAAAGUUUGGCUCUGGCAUCUGCUCGUAUUUUCUGAUCCUGCGAUUCCUGAUCCUGUUGAAUAUUUUAUCUCUCUUCCUUACAAGUGGUCUGGUCAUAAUUCCCACCAUGUUAUCUAACGACAGCCUGCAGUCCCAAGUGCUGUUAUGUGACCAUCCUGUCUCUUCUUACAACCAAUCCCACAGAAGUGUUUUCUUGGAUAUAUUUACAGGAGAAGGUUUGCUGGAAAACUCCCUCUUGUUCUAUGGAUACUAUAAUAAAGUAACUGUUAUCGGCUCUUCAUUCAACAUUCGACUAGCAUACUUGCUUACACCCCUAUUAUUUUUGCUAAUCUGUGGCCUUUAUCUUCUGAGGUGCACAAUACGUGGAUUGACUUUAAGGCGGGUUCGGAAACGAGAUUACAGGACUCGAAUAAGCACAAAAGUGUUUUCAGGCUGGGAUUUCUGUGUGCAAGGAGCGGAUAACUGUGCAAAUAAACAGCAGAUGCUGAGCAAUGAAAUCAAGUCUCACCUUGAGGAGGAACACUGGCAUUCAAAUACAGUGGAGCAACCCCUAUGUAGAAGACUUCGGGUCCUUACCAUACGCGUGUUACUAAAUUGCGUAAGCCUAACACUUAUGAUUGGAGCUUUCUAUGGUGUCCACCUGGCAACAGGAGUGUCUCAGGAUUCUCAAGGGGGUCCAGUAAACUCUGUUCUUGACUUGAUGAUUCAGUAUUUAGUUCCAAUCGUCAUCUCCAUGGUACAUCUAAUACUGCCACCGCUCUUCGCGUUUUUAGUCAGAUUUGAGGGUCACUCACCCAACACGGAAGUCAAUCUUACUCUUAUCAGGUGUUUGCUUCUCAGACUUGGCACUUUGGCAAUUUUUCUUUACUCUCUGGGGCAGAAGAUCUUGUGUUUGGAUCAAUCAGAGUCAUCAUGUAAGACUUGCAGCUACAACCCCAACUUCCAGUGCUGGGAAACAACAAUGGGACAGGAAUUCUAUAAGCUUUUCAUAUUCCACUUUCUCAAGAUGCUAAUGGAAUUCCUGCUGUUACAACUGCCACUGAGAUUGAUGGCUUCCUGUUGCCAGUGCUGGCUAAUCUCAUGGCUGAACCAGGAACAGUUCCAGCUUCCUCAGAAUGUUCUGGACACUGUAUAUGGGCAGACCCUGGUGUGGGGUGGCUUGUUUUAUGUUCCACUUCUUUCGUUGCUCAAUAUAAUCUUCAUCUUCAUCACAUUCUAUGUUAAAAAGUAUUAUCUCUACCAUCUGUGUGAUUCACCCCGGAAAUUAUUCAGAGCAUCCACUUUAAGAAUCCUCUUUUACUUUGUUUUGUUCCUGGGUCUGCUGACUGUUUAUUUACCUUUGAUUUAUAUUGUGACAAGCGCCCGCCCAUCUCCCUCAUGUGGUCCUUUUACCAACCAUAGAACAUCAUGGGAGGCUGUUCAGAACAUGACAAGGUCUGCGCUUCCAGCAGCCGCCCUUUCUGCCUUGGAAUACCUCACAUCAUACCUUUGUGCAUAUGCCUUGCUGUUUGUCCUGAGCCUUCUACUUACCUUCUAUAUUUCCCAAGUGUGCCAGUCUGAACACAUCAUAGAGCUGUUGAAGGAUAAUUUAUCCAAUCAAAUCCAGGAUAAACAUUUUUUGGUAACAAGAUUAAGAGAAGAACAUCAACCUCAGGGACAAGAGGUUUCAGAAAGCAAUUAAGAUAUUCCUGUUAUGCAUGGACCACCAUCAAAGGUUUUUCUACCACAGAUGUCAAACUAACAGGCCUAUGGUUUUCUGGCUGAGAACGGGACCGCUUUUUUAAAUAAAGGCAAAAGGAUUCCAAUUCACAAAUCUCUGGUACAAUGCCAGACAUGGCAGAUUAAUGUAAGAUUUAUACGUAAAGUGGUUUGGCAACUGGACACGUACAACAGCACUGAAGCCUUUUGAGUUGGGUUUAUUAAAACACAGCCUAAAUUAACCAGUUUCCCAUUAGUGUAAACAGAAAAAACUCGUUAAAACCCUUUGCCUUUUCCCCUGUUCUGUCAACCAAUAUAGCUGACUUCAAUACCUUGAAUCCCAAACUCCUCCGAUAUGUUGACUCCCAAACUCCUGCUUCAUUUUCAGUUUGUCUGAUUUUAAUUUUACAUGCUUGUUUGUCAUUCUUUCAUAGCCUUUAGGACUCAAGUUAGCCUUCAGUGUGUGUCAAGCCCUGGACAAUUUCAGUUCAACCCAUGGGGGGGGGGGGGGGGGGGUAGGGGGGUGAGCCUACACAUUGCUCAUUACUAGUUCAAGCCAUUCCACUAGCUGAUUUGCUUUACGUGAGCCUGCAAUUGUUAUCUGAAUAGAUGUCCAUGAAGAGCAGAAAGCUGGGAGUUAAUGCUGAUAGGACAUGCCAGCUUCCUGGCAGUGGACAGUGAGCAUGCAGUGCCACACAGGCUGUACAUCACAUUGCACACCCAGUAUGCUGAGCCACAAGCUGUUGCACCGGGUGUGUGCUGCGGGGAUGCUGCUGCUGGGGAUGAUGCUAAAGCUGGGAUCUGCUGUGGAUUCCUGCAGCUGGACAGGAAGGUACAAUCUCUUCUCCAUCUACACCACCCAUGAACCUCCAUCUACAAAACUGCAGUCUCUGUAUUAGGUCUAAUGCUGCACAUUUGACUGUAACUGUAUCUUAUUGAGCAAGAGCAUGCAUCUUUGCUUAUAUCAAUGCAAACACUUCUGCAAUUGGUCAGUUGCAGAACCAUCUCCAAAGAGAAUAUUUCCUGCUACGGUCAAAACCAGGAAUCCGUAGGCAUUUAGCAAUUACAUGUAUCUUCUGAAACAUAGAUAUUAUAUAUCAAAUAUAAUGUACCAUUAAGUCAGGGCUGUAGUCACGCUUUGUGUGUAUGCUUUUCAUUGUGUGUGUGAGUGUCUUAGUAUGUGAAGUUUGUGUGUGCUUAUUAUAGAACAAGAGGAAGCAGGACUGAGCACACUUGCACAUUUGGUCUUGUUUCCUAUUUGUCACCUUUAGACUAUAUAUAUGGGUGCCUUUAGUACCAGGCAUUCUGCAUUGGUUCAAUUUACCAUUCAUUGUGUUUACACAUAUCAUGUUUACAUAUCAUCAACUUUGUACCACAUAUUGUUACCAAUUCUUUUAAGGGCUCUGGCACACGAGGAGAUUUGUCACCUGCGUUUUUUUCCCCCUGGCGCUUUGGCGACAAGU